CCAGCCUGUCCGUCCCUCCGUCUUCCUCCUCCACCUCCUCCCCCCCUUUGAAUAGAUCGAAUCGCCCUUCCAAUAGUUCCCACCAUGGCCGAGGAUGUUCAAAAGAACGCCAACCCGACUCAACCCGGUGCCCCGCCUGAAACCCCUCGUGCGCAGCUAGAGAGCCUGAUUGAGCGAGCCGCUGCCAAAGAUGCCCUGAAAGAUUUCGAUUCUGCGGCCGAGAUUUAUUCCGAGGCUACCGAGCUUCAAGCCAGGCUGAACGGGGAAUUGUCACUGGACAACGCCGACCUCUUAUUCGCCUACGGCAAAGCCCUCUACAAUGUUGCCGUGAGCAAGAGCGACGUCCUUGGCUCCAAGGUGGCCGGUGAAACCAAGUCCCAGCCAAGCGCAUCAGCCCAAGAGACAGCAACGAUGAGUGGCGAGAACCCCAUUGAAAGAGCAAUCGCUAGUGGAUUGGCGCCGAAGGGAGCGGUCGCAGACAAUGCGCCCUCUGGAUCGGCUGAGAACAAGCCGUUUUUCCAGUUCACCGGUGACGAAAACUUCGACGACUCGGAUUCGGAAGAAGAAGACAAUGGUCAAGAAGCCAAUAACGCCGAUGACGAUGACGAUUUUGCCAAUGCUUUUGAAGUUCUUGAUCUGGCCCGCAUACUUUACCACAAGAAACUCACCUCGAUCGAUGACGAAAGCGGGAAAGGAAAGUCGACCGACCUAUCGCCAACCCUCCGCCACCUGAAGGAGAGGCUUGCCGAUACGUAUGAUUUACAGGCGGAAAUUUCCUUGGAAGCCGAACGAUUCAUGGAUGCAGUUGCCGACCUGAAAACUGCCCUUGGUCUGCGCCAGGCUUUAUUCUCAAUAGAAGACCCCUCUAUUGCCGAAUGCCACUACAAACUCUCACUUGCCUUGGAGUUUGCAUCGGUCCAAAAGGGAAACGAUGAUCUCGAAGGCGAGGAGAAUCAGGAUCAGCGUGGCCAGAUUGAUGAGGAAAUGAGGAAGGACGCAGCAUUCCAGAUGGAAAAGGCUAUUGAAAGCUGCCGUGUUAGAAUGGCUCAGGAGCAGGCCAAACUUGAUUGCGAAAGCUCUCGAGAUGAAGACAAAACCACGGCUAUGAAAAGAAAAAUAGCCAAUGUGAAAGAAAUCAUAGCUGAUAUGGAGCAAAGACUCGUCGAUAUUCGCAGCCGACCAGUCUCAUUUGAAGACGAUGAGAAAGGUGAAGCGGUCCUCAAGGGCCUUCUAGGCCAAAUGAUGGGGCAAUCUCCUUCCGAGAAACAGGCAAAACUGGAUACCGUUACAAAAAAUGCCAACGACCUGUCUGCCUUUGUCAAGCGGAAGCCAGCCGAUGGCCAGGCAUCUCAUCGAAAUGACUUGCCACACAAGCGUCUGGCUCAUGAAGGGAGCCCUGAAGGCAAUGCAAAAAGGACACGAAAGGGUAGCAAUACAGUUGAUUGAUCGGGGCUCCUGGAACACCAUGGUCAUUGUGUAUCUGUGAUCAUGUUCCGUUCCAAUCCAUGGUCAGUUACGUUUCGUGGGUUUGCUUAAUCCGAUUCUCUCCCAAUUAAUCCUGCCCCUGGUUCACCCGCAAACAAUAGUUGACCUAUGCAGAACACAUACAUACGGGCACAAUGAAUGAUAUUGGCUUGCACUGUCAUGGCAGGAUGAAAGGUUCAAACAACGAUACCCCCAGCAUUCUUGUACCGUUAAAGAUUUGAUUCUUUGGCAUUCAUCCUAGUCAUUAUCACUACCAUUACUAUUAACCAUGAUACCCCGAAGUUGGGACAAUCAGCAAAUUAGUAUAUAUACCG